AAAAAAUUAAAAGAAAUAUAUGAAGGGAUGAGAGCAAGAAAGUCAAGAAAGCCAUACUUUCCUUUGUUUUUAUCUUUAAAGCCUCUUUGGUUUGUUCUUCUUUCUUUUGCAAAUCUUCAUUUCUCCGGUCAAAUUCUGAAAACGCGUUUAAUAAUGGAUGAUCACAAUAAUGAUAAUCAUCAUCAUCAUCAUCUAGGUGUGAAUAAGAUGGGAAAAAACAUCCGUAAAGAGCCAUCAAACCAGCAAAAUCAACAACAAAAUCCUCAAGCUUUGGUUUAUAACAUUAACAAGACCGAUUUCAGAUCCAUUGUUCAACAGUUAACCGGACUCGGCUCAGCUUCUUCUGUCAAUCCUCCACAGUCAACAAACUCAAACCCACCAAAACCUCCAAAUUCACGGUUGGUCAAAGUUAGACCAGCUCCUUUGACUCAAGUAAACCGCCCUCCACCUCCACAUCCAGUUCAAUCGAAUCCAAUGGCCUCUGAACCGGUUCAACCUAUUAACCAAUUAUCAAUCAACCCGGCCGAAUCUCCAAUCUCGGCUUAUAUGCGUUACCUGAUCGAAUCAAGCCCGGUUGGAAACCAACCUCAACCACACAACCAAAACCCGGUUCAGCCAUCAACUGGUUUGUUUCCUUUAUAG